UUUUCCCAUGUCUAGAAAACUUCUUCUAUUAUCAGCUUUCAUCAAUGAAUUGCCGCCCUUCUCCUACAGGCAAAGUCAUAAAUCGUUCAUUCUCUCCCCGGCAUUGCCUCAAUUUUUGCUAUUUUGCUCUGUUUGCUGUCCAAUAUUUGCCUUAAAAACUUUUCUCGCAGCACGCCCCCUCCAAAAAAAUAUUUUUAUUUAUUAUUCUUCUUCUUCUUCCAUUUUUCUCUUCUUCCCCCCUUUAACUGUCCACAUUCUUCCUUCACUUCCAUUUUCUAUUCCCAGCCACCAUCUUCUUCGCACCGCUCGCGCCAUAAAUCACUCGUCGUGGUGCCCAACCCGCCGGGUAAAUACUUUUUAG